CUUCAAAACUCAUGUUACAACUUCACUCCAAACGCAACCUCCACUGCUCCUUCAUAUUAUAAAGUACUUCCGCUACAACCACGUUCAUUCUCCUCAGCGUCUCAUUAUAACAGUUCGGACCGUAUUCAUAUGCCGAAGACCAACCACCACAAUGACAGUUAUAAAUACUCAAACCGCAUUUAUAAUAAAACAAAAGCUAAUGAAUAUGAAAAUAACGAUGGCAGAUUAGGCACAGACAAUAAGAUUAACUUAGACUAUUGCAACGAUGACAAACGUUUACAACAUUCAUGGAGAAGUGCUAGUGUUGCUGUUAAUUAUUCCGAAACUCUACCUACACGGCGGACUCUAUCGUCUCUUAGUUUUUUAAACUUGUCGAAGCCCAAGAAUCUCGUCUUAUCAAAUACUAAUAUUUUGUCGCAAUUCGAAAAGCAAUUACUUCACAAAGACCUCAAAAGAAACAGUUUUCGUGCCAUUUCGGGCACAACAAAGGACUUUGUUAUGAAUCCACUUUAUGAGAAGGAAAACACCACCACUGCCUUUGCUGACCCAAAUAAUAACGAAAGCAGACCCAAUCUUUUAACAGAAGGUGUCAGCGAUGAUCAAAUUGACUCCGGAGUAGAUAGUUUCCUGCAUUGCUUCGUUGAAACCAACACGAAUACUGACAACACAAGUUUCCUCAUUUAAAGUGUGAGCUUUUUUGCAGAAAUUUUAAUUUAAUUUAUAUAGGGACAUUUAUCCAAAGUCAGAAAUAAUUAACACUAGUCAGUAAUGUGACCUGCAUGUGUAUAUAUGUGUUUAGAUAUAAGGAUAUAGAACAAAGGUUUCAACAUAUUACGCUAUACCAACAGUAAGCGAAUGUCAACAUUUAUACUUUAUCAACUAUAUUCUAUAACACCCAAAAUAUACAAUUGCUUAGUAUGCACUAGUCUGGUGAAAUUAGACCAUAAAAAAAGAGUGAAGGUACAUAAAUUUACAGCAAGCUGAAAGUGUGUUAAUAUGUUUAAAACAUGAUUAAAAAUAUAAAUUUAAAAAAAUCUCUAUUCAUCGUUUCCGUAUGUGAAAAAAAAAAUUAAAAAACUUUUGUGUAAAGUAAAAAAAAAUUAGACUAAAAACUAGAACUUCUGAAGAGUAUUAUUAUUAUUACAAUUGGGGUACAAUACCAAUUUUUUAAAAGAUUUGUAGAUGAAUGUUACAGACUCAUUCCAUAAUAACUUCAUAAUUAUUUAACAAUGUUGACGAAACCUUUUUUCUAUUAACCUUAUUGUACAUACAUAUGUAGACAGAUAAGUGUUUGCUUGUGUCAGUGGGUGUAAGUAUCCGUGAAAUAGACAUUUUCCACAUAAAGUUAAUUCAAUAAUUUAAGGUUCAGUAAGUAAUGACAACAAUUAUUCAACAAAAACUUGGACUUACGAAAGAAUGUAAAAGAAAAAAUGUUUUACCUUCAUUGUGACAAGCUCGUAUGAAUAAUAUAUAAUAUUUACUUAAUAGCGCACAGGAAGUUGGCAUUUUAUAUUAAUUAUAAAAAUAAUAUGUAUGCACGUAUAAUCUGUUAAAUUACCCUUUAGUAUUUCUUUCGUUAAUAUUAAUAAAAGAAAAUAUUUCAAAAACUCUUUAAAAUAGA